AUGGAUGUCGAUAUGUCAAAUUUGGAAAAGAAAGUCAAGGAGAUAGAAAGUAAUACUGAUGAUGAUGGUUCUACUGAAGAGCAAGGGGAAAAUGAUUCAAGUGAGGAUGAUACUAGUGUGGAUGAAGAAAUUGAGAUAGAAGAAAAGGUUAAUGCUAUGAUUAAUAUGGAAACUAGUUGCAAAGAGAAGUCAGGUACUGUUAUUAAUAGCAUUAAUUUGCUUCCUUCUAUUUUGGGAGAUGUGAAGAAUAGCAAAAAGGUUGAAGGUGAAAUGCAGGGGAAUUUGUUGAACUCUUAUGCAGGUGUGCUAAAGGGUAAUAGACAUAAGGGUAAGAUUGAUGUUAGAUUCAUUCCAGGGGAAAAUGGUGAAGAGGAUGGACCUGUAAUUAUUCCGAUUGAAAAUCUAAAGAAUGCGAGUAUUCCUUUUACUAAUACUUUUUAUGGAUAUAUGAUUGAUAAGAAGUUGGCGUUUCCUGUGAUUCAGAAAGAAGUUAGAAGGUUGUGGAAGAAUGUGGGUCUGGAAGAGGUUUUCAUGAACAACAAAGGAUUUUUCUUUUUUAAAUUCAGUGAUGAGCAGGGGAUGUUGUCUAUUUUGGAGGGCAGUCCUUGGUUAAUGUUUAAUAAUAUGCCACUAUUUCUUCAAAGGUGGAGGCCAGGUUUGACAUUAACUAAGAACAAGCAUGAUAAAAUCCCGGUUUGGAUUAAAAUAUUUGACUUGCCUUUGGAAGUAUGGAGUGGUGAAAAUUUAUGUAGAAUUGCUAGUAAGAUAGGGAUUCCUUUGGCUUUUGAUUCAUUUACGGAGGAAAUGUGUUUGGAACAUAAAGGAAGGAAUGCUUAUGCUAGAAUUCUUGUUGAAAUGGCAGCUGGGAAGGAAUGGAGAAAGAAGAUUGAUAUUUCUACAUGGGAUUUUGUUUCUAAUUCUGCUGUGAUACAAAGUUUUGAUGUUGAAUAUGCUUGGAUUCCUUCUAGAUGUAAUCAUUGUAAAGUUUAUGGGCAUGUGGAUAAAGUUUGUGUUGCUGUUAUGAAUGUUGAGAAAGAGGCUAGAAAUAGGGAUGUGAGAAAUUUAAAAAACAAUAAAGGGAAGGAAGUAGUUAAUGGGGAUGGAUUCACAGAAGUCAAAUAUAAGAAGAGAAGGGGUAAUUAUUCAAAAGGAAAUAAUGGGAAUAGAGGUGGAAAUGGUAAAGGGCAAAAUUGGAAUUGGAGCAAUAAAGGAGUAAGUCAUUGGAAUUUAGAAAAGAACAGAAAUUAUGAGAAGUUUGCUAAUGGGCAGGAUUUGAUUGGUAGUCAGGGGUUGAAGGAGAAUAAUAUGAAGGAGUAUGUAAUUAAAAAGGAUAAUAAGAAAGAGGAGGGCAAUCACAGUCUUGUUAGUGUGACAAAAACAGGAGAAGGAUUUAGUAAUAAAAACAGUUUUGAAAUUUUGGGAGAGAUUGAAGAGGAAGCUUUGGAUAAAAUGGAAGAGGAUGCUAAGAUUGAGAAGGUAGUUAUUCAUCAGAAUGAAGAUUGUGGUAGUGCUGAUAUGGGUUCUAAUGAAAGUAAGAAUAAUAAAAUGAUUUCAUCAAUUAAGGGAGAGGGGAAGAAAAAAGGAAAUGAAAGUGCUUGGAAUGUUAGGGGCUCGAAUAAAUUUGUCAAGCAGAAGGAGGUUAUUGAUGUUAUUAGGAGUAAUAAUCUUGGUAUUUGUGCUGUGAUUGAAUCUCAUGUCAAAGUCUUAAAUCUUAAAAACAUUUGUGUUAAGAAUUUUGGGCAGUGGGAUUGGAUUUCUAAUAAUAAAAGCUGUGAGGCUGGUACUAGAAUUAUAGUGGGGUGGAAUCCUAGACUUUUUGAUGUGAUAAUGCUUUCUCAAUCCAAACAGGUUAUCCAUUGUUAUGUUAAAGUUUGUAAUUCUGAUGUUGGCAUGUAUUUAUCUUUUAUAUAUGCUGCUUCGAAUUACAUUGAAAGAAGAUUGCUUUGGGAUAAUUUGAAGAAACAUAGUUUGGUUGUUAAGAAGGAAGCUUGGGGUUUAUUGGGUGAUUUUAAUGUUGCUAUAAAACCAUCGGAAUAUUCUGAAGGCUGCUCUAGAACUCCUAAAGGAGUUGAAGAUUUUGUUCAUUGUUUAAGUUUUAUUGAAGUGGAGGACUUGAAGUCUUAUGGGUUUCAGUUUACAUGGAACAAAACUCCUGCUGGGAAUAUGGGGCUUUUGAAGAAGCUCGAUAGAGUUAUGGUCAAUUUAAAAUUUAUUUCGGACCAUCCUCUUGCCCAUGCUGUUUUUAAGCCAUAUAGAAAUUCGGAUCAUUGCCCUGCUAUUUUAAAUUUUCCUGGUGAUAAAGUGAAGUGGAAGCCUUCUUUUAGAUUUGCUAAUUUUAUUUAUGAGAAGGAGGAGUUUCUUUCUUUGGUUAAGGAGGUUUGGGAUAAGAAUAUUGAUGGUUUUUUUAUGUUUAAAGUGACUCAAAAGUUGAAGAUUCUCAAGAAACAUUGCAGGGAGCUGUGUAAUAAACAUUGGGGUGCUGGGAAAAGAAUUCAGAAGUUAAGAAUGGAGUUGGAAUGUAAACAACAAGAAAUUGACAGUAAUCCUUUUGAUUGCAAGAUUAGGGAAGAGCAUGCUAAUAUUCUCUUAGAUUUUAAUGUUGCUUGUAAUGAUGAAGAAAAACUUCUUACUCAGCGUGCUAAAAUCAAAUGGUUACAGGAUGGGGACAAUAAUUCUAAAUUCUUUCAUAGGAUUGUUAAAAGCAGGGGUAACAGUAAUCGUAUUUAG